AUGAUAGGCUUCGGGCGGUUGUUUUACUUCCUGAUCGGCGCUCGAAUUGCCCUCCCCGCCUCCCCCCACCCCCCCGACCCCGUUUCACGGAAGCGACAGGAGCAGAUCGAGUUUCUCGGCCCGUAUUUACAGGUUUCCUGGACGAAGCCAAACCGUCUACCUCCUUGCCUCAUUCCCCCUGCGCGCGCGUCGGGGGAAAAAAGGGCCCCCUCCCGCGCCCCACCCCCAGCCCUCCAGGCCUCCCAGCCGCGGGUGCGGCCCCUUUCUCUUCCCUCCCUCCGCCGCAGCUCGGCCGGCCCCUCCGGGGGCGACGCUGAGGUCGCCGCAUUCCAAACCCCGGGCGGCCCUUUGAAGUCACGUGGUGUGAUGGGGGUGGGGCGGCAGGACGCCCCUGACCCAGGCCUGCGACCUGCAGGCCUCGCAGUGAGGCGAAUUCUCCAGCCUGCUCCCCAGACCUCGUGGGAGUGA